AUGGAAGGUGAUAAAGUGGAAAUCAAAGAGACAAAAGGUAAGAAAACAACUGGUUCAAUAGUUGCUUCAAUACCCGUUGCCAAUUUGAAUAAUAUCAACGCGUUGAGCUACGAUUACGGUGAAGAUUUAGUUGAUUGGUUUGAAAAUUAUGAAUUUGAAUCAGAUGCUGCCGGCUGGGAUGAUGAGACUAAAUUAACACGAUUACCAAUGUAUUUGCAAGGAACAGCAAGAAGUUGGUAUGCUUGUUAUGCAUCUCCUAGUGUGAAAUCGAGACCAAAAGAUUAUCUUACAUUGAAGAAGAUGAUGGUUAGAGAUUUAUGCAGAUCAGAUUAUCGAACUAUGUUGGAGCAAAAGAUAUUUGAUUAUCGUCAAGAGGCUGAUCAACCCGUUGCAAAUUAUAUUCUCAAAAUGAAAGAUUUAUGUAGAAGAUAUGAAUCUGAGAUGAAUGAGAAGAAAAUUAUAAGAAUUGCGAUAAGGGGAAUGUGGCCAGCGAUAUCACAACAUUUAGACCAAUUCGAAAUGGAAACAGUUUCAGAUUUACUAAGACGAGCUAAUGUGGCUGAAAAUACAUAUAAACGAAAUCAGAUUGUAAGUAAUGAAAGGCAACAAUUGGGGUGGCAACAAGGAUUUAAUGAUUUAAAGAAACAAGUUGAGUUAAUUGGUGAUAAAUUAUCUUCGGUAGUUAACUUAUUGCCAAAAGGUACAUCAAACUCAUCGGAUCGAAAAAGUAUAAUUUGUCAUUAUUGCAAUAAACCUGGUCAUAAAAAAUACCAAUGUUUAUCCAGAAAAAGAGAUGAAGAAAGGAAAAGAAAGGAAAAUGAAACAAAUUACCCUUCAACUUCUGGCUAUAAAAAUCCUAAUAAUAACUGGUCACGACCCAAGGUUGUCUCGAUGGUUCUGAGAAAUUCUGUCCUUCAAAACUUAUUCAAUUCAAUCGAUGAUAAUAAUCUAAUUUUCAUGAAGGUUAAAAUUAAUGAUAUCGAUUUUUCUGCUCUAGUUGAUACUGGGUCUGACGUGACUAUAAUAACAAGAGAAAUAGUUAAUCGACUUCAUGUCUCGAUUGAAUCAUAUCAAGGUCCAAGGACAGACACAGCGAGUAAUUUGCCAUUAAAACCAUCAGGACAAAUUACAUUAACUUUCACUCUUAUCGAUUCACAUUCAGAGAUAAUUAAAAUCCAAUCAACUGUAAUGGUUGUCGAUUAUUUACCUGCAGGAAUAGAAAUUCUAAUAGGACAAGACAUAGCGAGAAUUGCUUCGCUUGAAAUAAAUUGUUCCAAUAAAACUGUAGUAAUUUCUAGAGAGACAAAUAAUGGUGAUGAUUCAUCAUCAGAUGAAUCACUGCCUGACAUUUGGGACUCGGAAAGUGAUGAAGAGGGACAACUAACUAUGGUUAAUGUCCCUCGUAAAGAGGAACAAUUUAAUUUGGAUUCUGGUCUUGAGCAUAUUGAGAAAGAGAAAGUUCAACAAUUGUUAAUCGCUCAUCGCAAUUGUUUCUCUUUCUCUGGGGACAAAAUUGGAAGAACUCAAAUGGUUAAACACCAAAUCAACACGGGCGAUCAUCCUCCGAUUCAUCAACCACCAUACCGAUUAUCGGCAUUGAAACGGGAAUUAGCCACGAAAAUGAUUGAAGAAUUAAUUGAUGAUGGUUUCGUGGUUCCAUCAAACUCUCCAUGGGCCUCACCCAUCGUGAUGGUUGACAAGAAGACGGGAGAGAAGAGAUUCUGUGUCGAUUAUCGAAGGUUGAAUUCGGUAACAAAAAAAGAUGUUUACCCAUUACCCGAUAUCCAAUUAGCUUUGGAUUGCUUACAAGGAGCUAAAUAUUUCACUUUGUUAGAUUUGAAAAGUGGAUAUUAUCAAAUUGCAAUGGAUCCAUUUGAUCAAGAGAAAACGGCUUUCAUCACACAAGAUGGUUUGUUUGAAUUUGUUGUGAUGCCCUUUGGACUGACUUGCGCUCCUGCCACUUUUCAAAGGUUAAUGGAUGGAGUGAUUUCGGGUUUAAAAUAUAAUUGUGUAUUAGUUUACAUCGAUGAUGUUAUCAUUUUUUCCAAAACAUUCGAGGAACAUUUAAUACACUUAGAUUUAGUAUUGAUGAGGCUAUCAGAUGCUUCACUUACCCUUAAACCAUCCAAGUGUUUUAUCGGUAAAUCAGAGAUCUUAUAUUUAGGCCACAAGAUAACAAAAGAGGGUCAGUAUCCCGAUGAAAACAAACUGACCGCAAUUAAGAAUUACCCUCUUCCAGCUAAUUUAACUGACUUAAGGGCAUUCGUUGCUCUCUGCUCUUACUUUCGAAGAUUCAUUGAGGGUUUCGCAAUUACGGCUAAACCAUUGACUAACCUAACAAGAAAAGAAAUUGGUUUUAAUUGGGGAAAAGAACAAGAUGAUGCUUUUCAAGAAUUGAAAUCCAAAUUAACUAAUCCACCGCUUUUAGUUCACUAUGAUCCGAAACUAAUAACGCAACUGAGAUGUGAUGCUUGUCAUUACGGAGUCGGAAACAUCAUCAAGAUUGCGAUGCUCUCAAGGUAUCCGAAUGAAUUAGAUAUAGUUGAAAAUAAACUUGAUGAUGAUGAAAGAUUAUUCGUUUUUCUGAAUAAUCAAUCGAAUGAAGCAGAUAAUCAGAUGAGAAUAGCUCAAGAUGAAGAUCCACACAUCAGGCGAUUAAAAACUGAAAUUGAGAAUCGAGUUACAAUGAACAGGAAAGUUCUGGAUAAAUAUAAAAUAAAUGAAGGAAUAUUGUUCAGAAUUGUUAAAAAACCAUACGAAACAUCAUGGAACAUUGUCGUGCCGGAGAAAUUACGAACGCAAAUUAUUCGUGCUAAUCACGACGAUAUUCUAUCUGGUCACAUUGGUUUUCAACGAACGUAUGAAAAGAUUACGGCAAAAUACUAUUGGCAGAAAAUGGUAAAUCAUAUUAACGAUUAUGUUCGGCGCUGUGCUGUUUGUCAAUUAAAUAAUAAAGGAUCAGCGCCUCUUCAGGCUCCUCUUCAAGCUAUUGCUGCCGCAAGACCCUUCGAAAAGAUUGGAAUAGAUAUGGUUGGUCGAUUGCCUUGUUCUAAUCGACGAGAAUAUAUAAUCGUAGCAACAGAUUAUUUCACUCGAUGGGCAGAAACACGAGCCGUAAACAAGCAAUUAGCUUCGACUAUCGCUCGAUUCUUAAUCGAACAAAUCAUGUCCAGACAUGGAUUAUAG